AUGGGACAGCGAGUGACAAAAGUGAGUCCGAUUACGGUUGGCGAGGUGUACGAUCAACAUCCUAGUACACCCCCAAAACCCAGCACCAACACGGAGCUUCAACAUCCUCAUCCCCGCGAUGAGAGCCCUGUUGGUGGUGGAGGAGGAGGAGGAGGAGAGGAAGGAGGAGAGGAACAAGGAGGAGAGGGAGGAGGAGGAGAGGAAGGGGUAGGAGGAGGAGCAGGAGAGGAACGAGGGGAGGAAGGAGGAGGAGAGAGAGUGAAGGAGAAAAGAAAGAGAAAGAAGUGGUGGCGGAGGCUGCGCUCUUUCUUCAGAGCUGGCAAAAAACCCCCAGAGAGCAGCUCAGGUCAGAGAGAGCAGGAGAAGCAGCAGGAUCAGGGACAGAAGAGGAAGGUGGCAUGGGCAGGAAGAAGUAGUGAUGACUACAUCUUCAGUCGCUACACCAUUGGUGAUCGGCUGGGGAAAGGUGGUUGUGGUGUGGUGUACGAAGGCAGACGUUUGAAUGAUGAUCUUAAAGUGGCUUUGAAAUAUGUCAUGAAGACCCAGCACACUGAAUGUAUAUUCAUUCCUGAUCAUCCGAAACCUCUUCCGAAAGAGAUCGCCCUCACCAUCCUGGCGAACAAAGGUCCCAGCGUGCCAGAAAUAAUCAGGCUGCUGGACUGGACGGACCACCCUGACCACUUCGUCAUGGUCCUCGAAUGUCCCUCUCCCUGUGAGAAUCUCGUGAAGUUCAUCAGGCGUCACGGUGGAAGACUAAACGAAGAAACAACACGGCAGAUCAUGUGGCAGACGGCUCACGCAGCAAACAUGUGCCACCUCCGUGGAGUGCUCCACCGUGACGUCAAACUUGACAACCUUUUGAUAAACAGGGAGACAUCCGUAGUCAAGCUGAUUGACUUCGGAUGCGGGGACAUUUUGAGGAGGACACCGUACAGGUCAUAUUCUGGCACAGCAAUGUACUCCCCUCCAGAGUACCACAGCAGGGGGAAGUACUACGGCGGGCCGGCGACGGUCUGGUCACUAGGGAUUGUGAUGUUCACAAUGUUGUGUGGACGCUUCCCUAAUGACUAUGACCUGUUCCUCCUGCAGUGCAAGCACUGGUCCAAACCCGGCCUGUCAAAAGAAUGUUGUGACCUCCUCAGGGCUCUCCUGCAUGAGAAGCCAAGCCGGAGACUAGGUCUGGGGCGAAUCAUGUCCCACAACUGGUUUAAGGUCAUCUCAUAAGACCACUCCAGCUGGCGUCUCUUGUGCAGCUUUGCGUCUUGCGGGCUGCAGCAGUAGAUGCUUCCAUCCCUCCUCUCGCCUUUGCGUCUUGCGGGGCGAGAAAGCCUUGUGUAGCGUCUUGCA